AUGGCUGACGCAGACUACAACGCCGAGGAGGCUGCCGAGCUGAAGAGAAAGAGAGCGUUCCGCAAGUUCUCCUACCGUGGCAUCGACCUUGACGAGCUCCUCGAUCUUUCUUCUGAGCAGCUCCGUGAUGUCGUCCACGCUCGCGCCCGCAGACGGUUCAACCGCGGACUCAAGCGCAAGCCAAUGGGUCUGAUCAAGAAGCUCCGCAAGGCCAAGCAGGAAGCCAAGCCCAACGAGAAGCCAGACGUCGUGAAGACUCACCUCCGUGACAUGAUCAUCGUCCCGGAGAUGAUUGGCUCCGUCGUGGGUGUUUACUCCGGAAAGGAGUUCAACCAGGUUGAGAUCAAGCCGGAGAUGGUCGGCCACUACCUUGGAGAAUUCUCCAUCUCUUACAAGCCGGUCAAGCACGGUCGUCCUGGUAUUGGUGCCACGCACUCGUCGCGUUUCAUUCCACUCAAGUAG